AUGGAGGAAAGUAACGAAUUCGACAACGACUAUGGGGCGGACAACCUGUCUGGGUGUGAGUACACGGACUGGAAGUCCUCGGGGGCCCUCAUCCCUGCCAUCUACCUGCUGGUCUUCCUCCUGGGCACCACGGGCAACGGCCUGGUGCUCUGGACCGUGUUCCGGAGCAGCCGGGAGAAGAGGCGCUCCGCUGACAUCUUCAUCUCCAGCCUGGCGGUGGCCGACCUGACGUUCGUGGUGACCCUGCCGCUGUGGGCCACCUACACGUACCGGGAAUACGACUGGCCCUUCGGCACCUUUGCCUGUAAGCUCAGCAGCUAUGUCAUCUUCGUCAACAUGUACGCCAGCGUCUUCUGCCUCACCGGCCUCAGCUUCGACCGCUACCUGGCCAUCGUGAGGCCGGUGGCCAACGCCCGGCUGCGGCUGCGGGUCAGCGGGGCGGCGGCCACGGCGGCGCUGUGGGUGCUGGCCGCGCUCCUGGCCACGCCGGCCAUGGUGUUACGGGCCACGGUCGAGGUGCCUUCUGGCCCGGACAAUGUCACGAAGGUGCAGUGCUACAUGGACUACUCCAUGGUGGCCACCGUCAGCUCGGAGUGGGCCUGGGAGCUGGGCCUGGGGGUCACGUCCACGGCGCUGGGCUUCGUGGUGCCCUUCACCGUCAUGCUGACCUGCUACUUCUUCAUCGCGCAGACCAUCGCGGGCCACUUCCGCAAGGAGCGCAUCGAGGGCCUGCGCAAGCGGCGCCGGCUGCUGAGCAUCAUCGUGGUGCUGGUGGUGACCUUCGCGCUCUGCUGGAUGCCCUACCACCUGGUGAAGACGCUCUACACGCUGGGCAACCUGCUGCACUGGCCCUGCGGCUUCGACCUCUUCCUCAUGAACGUCUUCCCCUACUGCACCUGCAUCAGCUACGUCAACAGCUGCCUCAACCCCUUCCUCUACGCCUUCUUCGACCCCCGCUUCCGCCAGGCCUGCACCUCCAUGCUCUGCUGUGGCCACAGCAGGUGUGGGGGCGCCUCCCACAGCAGCAGUGGGGAGAAGUCGGCCAGCUACUCCUCCGGGCACAGCCAGGGGCUCGGCCCCAACCCCGGGAAGGGCGGAGAGCAGACCCAGGAGAAAUCCAUCCCCUACAGCCAAGAGACCCUUGUGGUUGACUAG